AUAACAAAACUAUACAAAUGUCAAAUGUUAAAUUGAAAGUGAAACAGAAAUUACUAAUGACUACAAUUAUUGAAUUAUGAUGAUCUCUAUUCUUUGGGACUAGGUCCACUGACUACUACUAAUAUUUUUUAAUUUAGUAACUUUCAAAAUUAUGAAUAACUUAUUAUAAAUAAACAAACAUUUAUUCCGACCAGAUUAGAAUUACGAGUUAUUUAUUUUAGUGUCAUCAACAAUUCAAAUUUAUAACUUCUUGAUAAAUAUAAAAUACUCUUAAAUGCUUAACUAUGUUUUUGGAUAACAAAAAUAUAAUAUUGCUAUCAACUGGAUCUUUUAACCCACCAACAAAUAUGCAUUUGCGAAUGUUUGAAAUCGCUCGAGAUCACUUAAAUCGUUUGGGUCAUACAAUUUGUGGGGGUUUGAUAUCACCUACCCAUGAUUCGUAUAAAAAGAAAGAUCUAGCACCGUCAUUACAUAGGUGUGCAAUGAUCGAGCAAGCUCUAGUUGCAUUACCUUGGGUGAAGAUGUCCGAUUGGGAAGUAAAACAAAACGGUUGGACAAGAACGAGACAAGUACUACAAUAUCAUCAGAAUCAUCUCAAUAUGAUAAUCACUUCUAGACUAAAUGGUGCAUUAAAAGUUGAUACUUCAUUAUUCCCAGUCCAAUUUAUUGAAAAUCUCAAUGCCAAUGAUUCAAACCAAAAUAGAGCAGUGAAUGUAAGACUUUUGUGUGGUGCUGAUUUAUUGGAAUCUUUUGCUGUUCCAGGGUUAUGGAAUGAUGAUGACAUAGAAGCUAUUGUUCGAGAUUUUGGUUUGAUUGUUGUUAGUCGUUCGGGAUCCAAUCCUCAUAAAUUUAUUUAUGAAUCCAAUGUUCUAACUAAAUACAUGGCAAACAUAAUUGUUGUAACUGAAUGGAUAACAAAUGAAGUUAGUUCGACAAAAGUACGUAGAGCAUUGUCUCGUAAUGAAAGUGUAAAAUUUCUUAUUAGCGAGUUGGUUGAAUCGUAUAUCAAGGAACACGGUCUUUAUGAAACUCUGAAUAAUAAGUACUCAAAUAAUGAUAUAUUAGAUGUAAACUUGAAAACUAUUUUCUUGUCACCCUCUCCUAGCAAUAAAACUCUUAAAACAUAUCAAAUGGAUGACAAAAAACUUAAUAUUGAUGAACCUGAUAAUCUACCUUGUACUGAAAAAAGAGUUAUUAACUGUGAAAAAACAAAGGUAAGAAAUGUAGCUGAAAGUAAAGAAAACUUCACUAGGGUUGCCAUUCAAGUAUCUGAAAGUAGUAUUAUUGAAGUUAUAAGUGACAUGGAAACUAUGGUUUGACAUUAAAUUUCCUAUGUUUUGAAACAAUGUGCCAAAAUUACUUUAUUUAUUUUUAGUAGUAAUAUUGUGAUUUUAUUGUUAAUAAUUAAUUUUUGUUGAUUCUUCCAUUUAUACUGUGAUUUUAGAUUUAAUUACCUAUUUAGGGUAUUCUAAAAAUGAAUAGUGACAUUAAUUAGUUAUAGGUAAAUACAGGCUCGUUGUUAAAUAUCGCUAGCCUUUACCGAUAUUUAUUUAAUUUUGCAGCCUUCAAUUUUUUUAAAAUUGUAUGCUGCCACAAAGUAACACAUGACUUGCUUGUAACCUAGUAAUGUACCUGGGUAAACAUUUUUUAAUUAGGAGUGUGAUUAGUGAUUUGAUAUUUUUACUACCUAUAAUUAUUAAAGAAUAUUAUUAGGUAACAUUUAGUUUAAUUUAAGUUUUAAACUAGAUCUUAUCCAUAUAAUAAACAAUAGUUCAUCAAAUAUAACAAAAAAAUAUAGAUAAAUUUAUCAUUAGUUUAUUAAUUUUUUAAUUUCUAAAAUAGAUAGUUGGAGCUUUUCAGCUACCUAAAAAAGUAUACAUAGAAAAAUAAAAAAAUAUGAUUUCAAACCUAUAUAUUUCUUGUUUCAGAAUUAAAUCAGGUUAAAUAUAUUAUAUUAAAUAUAAUUGCGUUAAAAAAUGUUGUACCUACGUAAAAAAAAUAAUAUUGAAUAUGCCAUGUAUUAAUAUUUGGCUAUUUAUUACUAAAUAUAUUCAUCAUACAUUGUCAAUUUAAAAUAUAAUUUAUUAUAUAUAGUUAUAAUCCAACCUUGUCAAUUAUAAAUUAAUUUUUGUUUUCAAUUUGAACUAUCAAUUAUAAACUUCUAUAACAAUUAUUAUAUUCUUUUAUAGACAGUAUGGAAUUCCAGUAAUUCAAUUUUCAAUCCCAUAAACAUUUAAUAUUUAAUAACCUAUCUAAUUUUUAAAAUAUAAUUGUAAUCAUUCUAACUUUAAAUUCAAUUAUUCAAGUAAAAUUACUGUAAUGUUGAACACGAUUAUGGUUUAAAUUGUUUAUUGUUUUAAUAAUAUUAAAUGAAUAUCUAUAACUGUAAAUACUGACUUUACUUUUAAAGUAAGGAUUUUUAUUUAAAAAUAUACUUCCUAAAAAAUCUGUUAGAUAAAUGUCAAUUGGUGGUAAAGUUUCUCAUUUUAUUUUGUAAAAAUACCAUAUUAUGAUUGAUGGUCAUUUAAAAUUAAUACAAAUUAAAGUUUACUGAAAAAAUUAGUACAUGUUAAAAAAAAUUUCCCAAAUUGUUGUUUCUAUUAAGUACCUGUAGAAACACAGAAAUAUGGCUUAACAGCUUUCACUUAUAAAGGGUACAGCAAUGAAAAAAAAUUGAAAUAAGGUUUUUGUUUUUAAAAUAAUGUUUGUCACCUUUUAAAUGGUAUUUUGAAUAUAACUAAAAGUAUAUAACAUAUUAAUAUAUUAUUUUGUAAUUUACCCGCAAAAUUGUUUAUUUAUAUUAUUUAUUAUAUACCCAAAACCUAAAUAAUUACUGGGUAAAAUUAAUUUAGGUAUAUUCAAAAUUCUAUUCUAAUUUACAUUUAUAAUUUAAUAGGUGACAAAUAUUUUUUAUUAAGUUAUAGGUAUUUAAAGAUUUUUAUAGGUCCUUGAUGAUAUUAAUCACUUUAUUUCAUAAUUCUUAUAAAAAUAUAAUAUUAAAUGGUAAAAUAAGAUGUAAAAUCUUUUCAAUAUUGUCAUGUAUUUUUAUUUAGUAGAAUUUUAACAUACUAUAAUUUAUAUGGUUAUUAGUUUUUAGUCAAGGAUGUAUUUGUUUAAUGAAAGUUUCCACCUAACAAAAAAUAUUUUUUCCUCUGCUUCAAAAAUAAUUUUAAAUACAUCCUUGGUCUUUGUUAUGAUAUAAUAUAAUUUAUUGUAAGAAAAUCAUUAUUUGUAUUAAUAUAAUGUUUAUUAAUUAUUAUGUUGAUAGGAUUUUAUCAAUUGAAACAAAUAAAAUUGUUACAAAGUUAUUGUUUAUCAUGUUUUUAAGAUACUUUGAAAUGUAUAGGGAGGAUAAUUAUGAAAGUUUUAAAUUUUGUAGAAUGGCCCUGAGCCAAGACUGUUGAUUUUAGUUAUUUUUUUAUAUAAUAUAAUGAUUUAGUGUGUGUUUAUAUAAUUAUAAACAAGUAGAUUGUAUCUAAAGUAGGGAAUAUUUUUAAAAAUGAUUCAUGUAUUCAUCAAUAAAAAAUUAAAUUCUGGUACUUAUUAAAUUAUUGAAUGAUUUAACCUUGUAAUUAUAUUUAGUCAAAUUAUGAAAUAAAAUAUGUUAUCAAUUACUAUUUUAAUUUUGAAUAUAUUACUAGUAAUUGUAUAGGUAGUAUAGAUCAAUUGAGAAUAAAAUUGGAAAUUGUAAAAAUUAAUAUUUUAUUUUUAAAAACUUAUCAAAUGCAUGAUGCUUUGUUUCUUUUAAAUCAAAUUGAUCAUGUCUAACAUUUUCUUCUGCAUGUUAUUUCUGGUAAAUGUAAAUACAAAUUGAUAUGUUAAUUCUUAAUCUAAUUAUUUUUCAGUUCUUGUUUAGCUUAGAUGUUUCACUGUGUCUGUUUUUUAUUUCUUUAGUAAGCAAUUUGUAACAUACCAUUACAAAACUAAUUAGGUAGGUAUUCAGUACUUGGUUUUGUCUUUAGGUUUUAGAUAUUGAAAUUAUUAUUUUAGGUAAAAUAAUAUAGCAAAGUAUAUAUAAAAUAUAUUUACUAUAAACGCUAUACAUUAAGAAAAAAAGGUAAAACUAUUUUAAACUAGUACAUUUCUUAUUUUGCUCAAAGUCUAAUUGAAUAAAUUAAAUUAUAUCGCCAGGUAAGCUGUUAAACAUUCAAAUAUACAUAAAGCGUAAUCAUUCUAAUCAGUACAAUAGGUGCCCUGUCACUAAUCAUACGUAACACUCAGAUCUGCAAUAAAUGCCAUCUCCAAAAUAGCAUCGAUUCUUCAUAAGUGUUUAUAAUCUCGAUUAAUCAAUCAUCAAAAUGUCCUUAGUAGAGACUUAUGCGUCUAGACGCUUAAUACACCAUCAGUAAAUCAGAGAUCAUUUACAUUAAUUAAUCAUUAAUUUUUUUAAAAAAGGAUCACUGCUGGAUGAUUUCUUUUAUUCUGUUCUAUAUCAAGUCAAUUUUUUUGCAACAACUGCCAGAACAUACGCUUAUUGUACAACUUGAGUAUUUAUAGAUUUAAUACCUAAGGUACCUAGGUAGAUUUACAAUCUACCUAAUUAAAAGUAAACAAUUUACGUAACUAAAAAUUAUUAUUUCUUUUAUUUUUAGUUUAUUCUUUUAAUUUUUUUUUUAUGUUAAAUAAUAAUCAGUAAGUGUUAGUUUUAACUUUUAAGCAUGUAAUUAUUUGUUUCAGGUGAAAAGAAAGAAAAAACGCUAUCAGUAAAUCAGAUACUCUGUUUAGAAAUUUGGUAGUCAAUCAAUUGUUUUGUUGUUUAUUAAUUGUUUUCUAUUAGUUUAAAUUUAAAAUAGUUGCAUGAAGAUUGCUGCUAUGAUUUUGCCUGUUUCUAUUAUUAGUGUUAUGAUGUAGGUAUGGUGUUUAAAAUGUUUUUUUAUAUGUACUUACAUUUGUUAUUUAAUACAUUGUUUCCAGUGUGUUAUUUGUAUUAUUUAAUAUUAUAUUUUUACUGUUAAUUUUAUUCUGUUGUAUUUUACCUUUAAAAUGUAAGUAUGUUUCUAUUAUAAUUUGUAGGUUUUCCUAAAUAAUUAAUCAAAUUAUUAAUUAUUGUAAUCUUGUAAAUUUUUUUUUAACAAUCGUUUAAAAUUUCAUGAAAAUAAAAAUAUAAACUGUUCAAUUA